UGACACACACUGUAGCGCUAAUCAUAUAUAUAGUCAUAUAUCUGAAAGAGGAAUUCCCUCUGUGUUAUUUUGUGCUUUCACCUGCAAACAUGUGUACGGGAGCGUGCUCCAAGUUCAUCGCCGUGCCCCUCUACAUCCUGGCAUUGGUCUCCAUCAUCUGCAACAUCGUGCUCUUCUUCCCCGACCUCCAGACCAAGUAUGCGGCCGAGGAUCGGGAGGGACACCCCCGGAUCACUGAGGAGGUGAAAUACAUGGGAGGAGUGAUCGGAGGAGGCAUCAUGGUCCUCAUCCCCGCCAUCCACAUUCACCUGACCAGUUCUGGCAAAUGCUGCGCCAACCGUUGUGGGAUGUUUCUGUCCAUCGGCUUCGCGGCCGCCGGUGUGGCGGGGGCCGUGUACAGCCUGAGCGUGGCUGCCCUCGGCCUUGCCAACGGGCCGCUGUGCUACUGGAGCAAUAUGCAAAAUCCCUUCCCCAAAUGGGGGGUUCCUUUUGCAAACAGCACUGGGAGCUACCUGACAGAAAAGCACAUGUGGAAUUGGUGCAUCCUCCCCAAGGAUGUGGUUGAAUUCAACGUGGGGUUGUUCUCCACGCUUUUGGUGGCAGCCUGCCUUGAACUGAUCCUCUGUCUCAUUCAAAUGAUCAACGGGCUUUUCGGAUGCAUCUGCGGCACCUGUUCCGGAAAAGAGUAAGCCAGGCAAGGCAGACACUCAAUGACGAGACGACCCGCAUCAAGAUCAUCGGAGCGGAUCGACUUCAGCUCCAGUGUGCAAAUGCAAAUAGACAGUUUGGGAAAUUCUUUGUACACCGUGUAGGCCUUCCCAUUACUCCAUGAUGUGAUUCCUUUCUCUGCUUCCCAUGACUGACAACACUCAUAAUGGCUGUGCUUUAUU